AAACGGGAAAGAACGAGUACGAAAUUGUGGCAGAGGUAAACAGCAGAAGUUAUCUGAAGAGCUCAAGCCCAAAUGAUGUAACUACAGACAGGACUGCUUAGCAUGUAGAAGAUUAAAUUCGUUACGCGAUACGAGCAGACGUAUAUCUAGAAAGCGAACCAUUGGGCGUUGUGUGUUGAUGUGGCGAGGCGAGAGUCACAGGUUUUGUUCAACAUUCCUCCCCGGCCGAUCGACGCGGUGGGGGGAGCAGCUCGAGUGAGUAAUGCUUUCACUUUUCCAGCGAGAAGAUGGAUGAAAAAUCCAACUACAGUCGGAUCAUCAUCGCGCUGGUGAUGGUGUUGUUAUUCGCAGUUAUUGUGCUACAGUAUGUUUGUCCUACGUCCGAUUGCCAGUUGCUACACCUGGCAUCAUUGUCCUCCAGACUGGGUAGUCGAGCGCCCGGGGACCACACAGGCGGAAUCAACGGAGCCAGUGCGGGAGACCCGUACAGUUCUGAGGACGGUGCGUUGGCUCGAUUCGUCCCGCGCUUUAAUUUCACCACCAAAGACCUUAAUCGCGUUGUAGAAUUCAACAUCAAGGAGAACGAUGUUAUAGUGUUUCUCCAUAUUCAGAAGACCGGGGGGACCACGUUCGGCCGUCACCUCGUCCGCAACAUUCAGCUGGAGAGGCCGUGCGAGUGCUAUGCGGGCCAGAAGAAGUGUACCUGCUACCGGCCAGGAAAACGGGACACUUGGCUGUUCUCCCGCUUCUCCACCGGCUGGAGUUGUGGACUUCACGCGGACUGGACAGAGCUCACCAACUGCGUGCCUUCUUUCAUGAACACCCGAGAGUCCCAGGAGAGGCGCAGAACUCCCAGAAGGAACUACUACUACAUCACAAUCUUGAGGGAUCCAGUGUGGAGGUACCUGAGUGAAUGGAGGCAUGUUCAGCGUGGUGCCACUUGGAAGGCCUCUAAACAUAUGUGUGAUGGGCGUCUACCUACACUGACUGAGCUGCCCAGCUGUUAUACCAGUGAUGACUGGUCGGGCUGCUCACUGGAGGAGUUCAUGGCCUGUCCUUAUAACCUGGCCAACAACAGGCAGACCCGUAUGCUGGCAGACCUCAGCUUGGUGGGCUGCUAUAACCUCUCAGUCAUGAGUGAGAGCCAGCGUUUGGCUGUGCUACUGGAAAGUGCCAAGCGCAAUUUGCGCAACAUGGCCUUCUUUGGCCUGACCGAAUAUCAGCGCAAGACGCAAUACCUCUUUGAACAAACAUUCCGCCUGUCCUUCAUUGCGCCAUUUACGCAGCUCAAUGGCACUCGUGCUACAAGUGUCGAGGUGGAACCAGAGACCCAGAGGAGGAUUCGGGAGCUGAACCGUUGGGACGUGGAGCUAUACGAGUAUGCACGGGACCUCUUCCUCCAGCGUUUCCAGUACGCAAGACAGCAGGAGCGCAGGGAAGCCCGUCAGCGGCGACUGCAGGAGAGGCGCAAGUUACGUGCCAAGGUGAAGCCUUGGUGGGGGGUAACUGGAAAAGUUGUUUUUAAACCCACCAAGGGGCCACAGUUUACUGAACAAUCUCCCAUUCUGAGUUUUUCAGAAGAAAAACAAACAGACAUGGAAGAAAAGCUAGAGACUGAGAUAGAAGAGCAGUUAGAGGACAACUGGUUACAGGAGGAUGACAGUGAAGCCAUUUUGGACUAUUUAGAAAAUGUUGAACAGUGGCGAUAGCCAAUACCUAUUUGGGAAGAGGGUUGUUAUUAUUGAACUCAAAAGGAAAUGGCGAUUUUUGUUUUAUUGCUAUGGGUACUCAUAAUUCUUCAAGCUAAACUUACCUCUAAUAUGUUAAAUAUUGGCACAUACGGGUUAUUAUUUGUUUUUGCUCUUUUUCUGUUUCAUAGACACAAGCAUUCUGAGUAAUUCACAGUAGAAGUCCAUUAUAUUGAUUCUUAAAACAUAGUUUCACUGUCAAAUAUCAGAUUUUGAAUCAUCGCCUUGCCGUCUGACCUGUCCUGAGCCAUGUGAACUGAGGAGAGUUUAAGAUACAUACACAUCACCACUGUGCGCAUGAGGAGAGUAAUUAACUUCAGGUUGCACCAGGGAGAUCCCUGCAAUUAAUGUACUGUAAGUCACUUAUGGAUGAAAAGCAUCUGCUAAUCUGGAAAGCCAAAAGUUGGAAUGUUUCAAAAAUGCCUUUUUCCGAGGGAGAUGCUGGUAGCAGGAUGCUUGUAUUUACAUUAUGUAAUGUAAGAAAAUAAUUAAAAAUAUUGCUGCUUUUUAAAAAAAAAAAAAAAUGUUUUAUACAUUUGGCCAUUUAAAGGGAUAGUUCACCCAAAAUGUAAAAUGCUCUCUUCAUUUACUCAAACAUCAUGCCAUCCCAUGUGUAUGAUUUUCUUUCAUCUGCUGAAUUCAAAAGAAGAAUUUGAGAAGAAUAUCUCAGCUCUUUUGUUCCAUUCAAUGCAAGUCGAUGGUGGCCAGAACUUUGAAUCUCCAAAAAUCACAUAAAGGCAUCAUAAAAGUUAUCUAUACAGCUCCAGUGGUUAAUUUCCUACCUUCUGAAACGAUAUCAUAGUCCUUCUCCACUUAUGACCGGCCUUGACUAGCAGGUGGCGAUAUGCACGAAGAAUGCGAAUCUGCAAAAAAACAAAAGAAUGUGAAAGUGGAGAUUUAUAGGAAAAAAGGGACUUAAAUAUUGACCUGUUUCUCACUCACACCUAUCAUAUAACUUCAGAAGACAUAGAUUUAACCUCUGUAGCUAAAUUGAUUACUUUUAUACUGCAUUUAUGUGAUUUUUGGAGAUUCAAAGUUCUGCCCACCAUUCACUUGCAUUGUAUGGACCAACAGAGCUGAGAUAUUCUUAAAACAUAAUCUUAAUUUGUGUUCUGCAGAAGAAAGAACGUCAUACACAUCUGGGAUGGCAUGAAUGCGAGUAAAUUAUGAGAGAAUCUUCAUUUUUGGGUGACUAUUCAUUUAAGUGUCCUCUACAAUCCCAUGCACAUUACAAUUCAGCCUUAUGUUUAUGUCCAUUGCUUAGCUUUGAUUGCUUUUUUCAUUCCUUUUAUUUAUUAUAUCUGUGUUUGUUAAUACUAGAAUCAUGGGAUAUGGGUUAUAUUUUGUUACUUAAAAAUAAAAAAGCCACUGUGAAUCACAAUCCUUAUACCACACCAGAUGUUGUAGCGAAGAUCAAAUGCACUGAUUGCUCUGAUGGAAAUUGAACAAAAUGAUGUGAGUACAGACAAAUAAAUUUUUAUA